AUGCCUUCUGUCGAGCACACCCUAGGACAGCUGACAGGAGCAAAAAUUUUCAGCAAGCUAGAUGCCAACAGUGGGUUUUGGCAAAUAAAACUCACCGAAGAGUCAAAACUACUAACUACAUUCAUCACACCCUUCGGGAGGUUUUGUUACAACCGUCUUCCAUUCGGUAUAACUUCUGCUCCAGAACACUAUCAGAAGAGAAUGUCCAGCAUAGUCCGUGGGUUGGAAGGAAUCCUUUGUCAAAUGGACGAUAUUCUUGUCUGGGGCAGCUCAGUUAACGAACACGACAAAAGACUUCGUCUAGUACUACAACGUCUUCAAACCUCAGGGGUCACACUCAAUGAUGCUAAAUGUCAGUUUGGGGUUCAACGCAUCAAGUUCCUCGGGCACAUUCUCGAUGAAGAUGGCGUGCACCCAGAUGGCGAUCGUAUUACAGCUAUCAUCAACAUGGAACGACCGAAAAACGUGCAUGAAGUUCGCAUUGUGAUUGGACUUAUUAAUUAUCUUGGAAAAUUUACACCAAGACUAUCGGACGUAUGGCAACCUCUCAACGAACUGCUUAAGAAGGAACGAACAUUCACUUGGGGGUUAACGCAGGAGAGGGCGUUCGAGGAAGUGAAGAAAAUCCUGACCAGCGAGCCCGUGCUUGCAAUAUAUGACAGCAACAAAGAGACUGUCAUUUCAGCUGACAGUUCGUCAUAUGGUAUCGGUGCUGUCAUUCGUCAACGGCAACUCGAUGGUAAGUUAAAACCAAUCUCUUAUGCUUCCAGGACACUGACCGAGUGCGAGAAGCGCUAUGCCCAAAUCGAGAAAGAGGCCUUGGCUCUCACGUGGGCUUGUGAGCGAUUCCAGGAUUUUGUUAUUGGCAUCCGGUUUCAUCUGGAGACCGACCACAAACCGCUUGUGCCAAUCUUCACAACAAAGAAUCUGGACGAUUUAACACCACGACUACAGCGUUUGAGAAUGCGAAUGAUGCGCUAUGAUUUCUCAAUCUUCUACACUCCAGGUAAGGAUCUGAUAGCAGCAGAUGCACUUAGCCGCCAGCCUUUGCAUGUGAAAGAUAGCGAAAACAAGCUUGAAGAAGAAAUUUUCGCACACGUAAACCUGGUGAUCGCGCACAUUCCUGCAUCUGAUUUGAAAAUAGAAGAAAUCUGGACCGAACAGCAGCGCGAUUUAACUCUUAGCAAAAUCGCCUCCUAUACAUUGAAUGGGUGGCCAGAAAAAAACAAACUACCCAAUAUUUUGCAACCGUACUUUGCAGUUAGAGACGAAAUUGCCAACGAGAACGGUUUGCUUAUGCGUGGCUGCCGUCUCAUCAUACCUGCAUCGAUGCGACAAGACAUUCUCGGAAGACUUCAUGCUGGCCAUCAAGGAAUAACAAAGUGUCGAGCAAGAGCUCGUGAAUCUGUCUGGUGGCCAGGCCUUUCUACAGACAUUGCUGAGAUGAUCAACAGAUGCAGUGUUUGCAUCCAAGAAACAAAAGGAGUUAGAGAAAAAUUAAUGCCAUCGGACUUUCCAACACGUCCAUGGCAAAAGGUAGCUAUGGAUCUUUUCAAAUGCCAAGGGCGCUGGUACUUGAUCAUUUCUGAUUUCUUUUCUAGAUUUUUCGAGGUAGCGUUACUCGAAAGAUUGACGGCUGGUGUGGUCAUUAACCAUUGCAAAUCGAUCUUUGCACGCUUUGGUGUACCCGAACUGGUGAGAAGUGACAACGGAACCCAAUUUGAAUCAGUUCACACCUCAGAGUUCUCCAAAUUUGCAAGGGAUUAUGGAUUUCAUCAUGUCACAUCCAGUCCCCACUUUCCACAAAGCAACGGAUUCAUAGAGGCUGCAGUAAAAAUUGCCAAACUACAGCUCAAGAAAAACGCCGAUCCAUACAAAGCCUUGUUGGAAUAUCGUGCAAGCCCUUUAUCCAACGGCUACAGCCCAGCAGAACUUUUGAUGGGCCGCCGCAUCAGAUCAACACUACCUAUGGUGCCAAAACGCUACGAGUCAAAAGCAGUCGAUUACAAUGACUUAAAAAGAAAGGAGGAUGAUAGAAUAGAAAAACAAACACUAAACUUUAACAACAGACAUCGUGCCGUGCAGAAACAUGAUCUUAUUCCCGGAGAAUUAGUUUGGGUACGAGAUAAACGAGUGUGGGCUACAGUUCGUGAGAAGACCAAGCACCCUCGUUCUUACAUCAUCGAAACUCCGACAGGAAAACUACGUCGUAACAGCUUUCAUCUAACUCGAGCUCACCGAGCAGGAGAGAUAAUCGAUGAAACAGAAAAUGAUAUUCCAGACAUCACAACUCCAAUGAAAUUGCCAUCAGCUUCGUCGCCAGAGAAGACAUCAUCGCCGAUCACAUCAACGCAAUUCUCAACACCCUCUUCGUCACCUUCACAAUCAUCAGUACCAUCGUACGCGUCAGCAUCGUCAACUCAAUCGCCAUUAUCGUCACCAUCGAUUCCUUCGUCUUCUGGGCCUACAAGUAGAAGUACCGAUAACCAAGGCUACCUGACUCGAUACGGCCGGCUAGUGAAACCUGUCGAUUGUUAUCAAUACUGA